AUGGAGGUUGAGACGCAGUUCAAAGACUUUAACUUCCCCGAGCUCCUUGUCCAGAGCUUGGAGGAAUCCGAGGUUUUCUUCAACACCAAGUCUAUGACCGCCGGUUACCCAUGCCAAGGUCUCGCAGCAGCGACCCACGUGGAUGGGGACUAUCCAUAUCGAACAUCAGACCAAAUGACAAUCCAAGGGCAGGGACCAAACCUCCACCACCGCCGAACCUCCUCUCGCACCUCAUCCCAUUACAAAUCUGUGGCCCCUCAGAGUGUCCGGCAAUCGCUUCACGAGGGCACGGAGCGCAGAUUGGCGGCAGGCAUGCCCCGGUACCAUGAGCAAUUUGGGGCCGCAGACGACUCCUCUGACACCUCCAGUGAUUCAUCCGUAGAGAUGAUGCCACCUUCGAUCAGAACCCGCCAGCAAUCAGUGGUCACAACCACUACCUCGAUCUCCGGUCGCAGCUCUUCGCCAUUUUCGAGCAAGCCCCACUCCCCCUCUUCCACUUCAUCGAAACCGACUCCCAACCGCCAAGGAACGUGGUUCGAUGAUGAGCCAGACCCGAUGUCAGGAUCAGAAGAGCCCGACAUGGUCAACGACCGUUAUGUGCCCCCUCGGCCGCAAACAGCCCGUGGAUUUAACGACACGAUUCUCGGCAAGGAUGUGCCAUCCUCUCCUAGUUCGCCGACGACACCUUUCCCGAAUGCAGUCCCAGUGGCAUUGCCGGUGCACUUGACUGAGAACGGGGAUCGUCCGCGCACAUCUUCCGGACAGUCUUGCAUAGGAAAGCCUCGCAUAAUUGACAUCCAUCCGCCAGUUGUGCCCAAAAGAAAGUCAUCCCUAAGACGACUCCAUGUUCAGAGUCCCCCAGCGGUACCGGCAUUCUGUCAACAGGAAGGGCUCGCCAGCGAUGCGGACAGUUUACAGGAUAGCAUUGUCCAGACAAGGGGUAUAACGCUACCCCCUUCUCCUACGUUGCCAGUACUUUCGACACCCGGAGGCAGGACGAUCAUCGAUGCCUCCAAAAGGCCGUCACUUGAGCUGUAUAUAAACAAGAAGGUUCCGCACUCGCAGACGUUGCCUGAGGAGGUUGGAGUGAACAGGAAGGAAAGUGUGAGGGAUGAACGGCCUUCGGGGGACAGCGUCCAGGAUCUACGCUCAAGGUUAAAUGUGAAGCCCUCGGCUGGGCACCUUCAAGACUGGAUUCGAUCGCAUACGGAGCCAGCGGUCGGCCGUGUUCGGGCUCCUAGUUUCGUUCCAAACAGUCCCCUGGCUGGUGUUCCCUUGCCUGCGGAUGUGCUGAACACUCUACGCAUCUCAACCUCGUGUUUUCCAGAAACCACAUUGCUCACCUCCAGCCUGUCCAUCGAGACGAUACGGACGUACUCUAGAAAGCUCAGAUACCAGAUUAGAAAGCCCGGCAACAGUGUCGACGAUGACGACAACGAGUCGGUCUUCACCUUCUCUAGCCCCAACGUCAAGUCACGCAAGCGCUGGAACCUUCCCAACCUAAUGCAAAGCCGGCGCAACAACAAAAGAUUCGCAAGCUACGCCCAUGACUUGACCGGAAAUACCUAUCCGGAGCCGAGAGCAACCAAACCCUCUGGUGUCCCCGAUUGGGCGCCCAUCAAAAAUAUCUUCCCCACCGGUACCGACCACCUCUGCGACGCCCUCUACGCGCAUCUAAUCGCCUACAACUACAUCGGCACCCUCUGUCCUCCCCUACCCAACAUAUCUUCACAUGCUCCCAAAGAGGCCAACAGCGUCCAACGCAACCCUUCCAGCCCGACGCGCCGCUCAGACAACAACGUGCGCCGUAUUCCCAGAAAAGCAGAGAGCAUCCUCGGCAUGAAUGACGAAGCAGCAGUAAAUUUCUCCUCCGGCGCGCUCUACUCUUCCAGAGACGGCGGUUUCAGCCGUCCCUUCAUCGGGGACAGCGAAAAACGAGGUGUGCCAAAGGUAUUGAUCAGCAGCGGCAGUGGCAAUGGCGCUGGUUGCGACUUGACUGCCCUAAGGGAUAUCCAUGCCGGGUUGGCAAGGUGCAUCGCUCGUUUAGUUACGACGCUGAAGCUUACUACUGGGGAGGGUAUGGUGGAGGGCGAAGCGCUGUCGCCAAAGGAGACGGUGACGCUGGAUCCGUUCCUGUUGAGAACGCUUUGCGAGCUGGUGAGGUGCGCUGAGGAGACGGCUUGUUGA